GUAAAAAUAAAAUGGCUAGUAAUAUUGCUUUUGAACACUUUGACCCUGAAAUGGAAUUAGGUCAGACAGAUGAACACGGUCAACCUAUCCGUAUUCGCAAGAAACCUGGCCGAAAACCUAAUCCACCUUCUGCCGCGCAGAGAAAGGCACAGAACAGAGCUGCCCAACGCGCUUUUCGGGAACGGAAGCGUCGUGAGAUGCGAGACGCUGAAACAUCCGUCAAAAGAUGCAUGCAUGCGCGAGAUAUGGCUAUCAGAGAGAGUGAACGACUACAACGUAGAAUAGAUGAACUACAAUAUGAAACCAACUAUUUGAAAGGAUAUGUACUAACGCUCAAGAUGGCCUGUAUAGCCAACAAGGUGCAUAUUCCCAAAUUUUGGGAUACAGGCGUAACAGAUGCCAUUGGCGCGGAUGAAUUAACUUUUUCAAAGACAAAACAUGUUCCCCAACAAUUGGAGUUUUUCUUGGAUAAAAAGAUGAAUAUUGUCGGAUUGACAGAAGAAGACACAUUGGUAUCAUCAUUAUCAGCAACAUCACCACCUUCAUCUGUCUUGAGUAGCCCGGAAUCGUCAUCGCUGUCUUCAGAGGAUGAUGACUUUGACAUGAACCAGCACUUGGCUACCAUAGCACCCCAGUUAGCAAACCAUUUAGAAAAUUCAUUUCUGCAGCAACUUUUAAAUACAGAUUUGGUGGGUGAGAACCAUUUAUCGAAUUGCGGUGUCACAGACAUUGAUCAGGUCCUUGACCCUAAAACUGGCCAGCCACGUAUAACAACAGAAUCCAGUAUUCCAUUUACCGUGAGUCCCAAUAAAAAACUAUUACCGCCUAUGACACCUAUCGAUGCAAUCCGUCAAAUGAGAUCUAUAAGAAACCUAGCCCAUGGUACACGGGCCUUAUUUACUCCGACUGAGCUACAAUCUAGUAUCCGUCACGACACACGUAUUGAUGUGGUUCCAGGAGCAGCCUUACGUGAUCUUAUGAUAUUGUACCAAGAUUUUUAUGACGCCAAUGAACUAUUUGCUUACUUAGCAGAAAGCGCCGUGUUUCUAGGAGGAGAGGUAGGCAACCCAGAUGCAUGGUUCGCACCUCCCAGCUUCUAUAAACGAUAUUGGUUUUUGUGUCCCAACCAUAAAUAUGAGCGCACAGACAAAAAGGUCGAAACCAUGUUUGACCUUGGCCAGAGUCUGAUUCAGUUUAUGACUUUGAGGAAACAAAUGUAUAUUCAACGUGACUUGUACCGGGAACAUUUCCCCAUCCCAGCAACCGCUGUACAGCAUGUGGUCGAUCAAGUCUUUUUACAGAGAAACGAUCAAGACUAUUUAAAUGAUAUUUACAAUAUGCCAAUGGAUGAUUUAUUUUCAAUGGACGGCGAAGAUGAUAUUUUAUCAAGUGAUUUGCCGCUAGAGGAUCUGAUAGCCAUGAUGGGUGCUAGGAUGACCUAAUGUACAAACACACAACUUAUACCCCCUUUUAUUUAUUUUGGAAAUGCAGGCACAGAAUAUUUAUGGUAUUCAUGUGUAACUUUAUAUGCAUGAAUAUUAGUGUAUUGCCAAUAAAAAAAUGUUGACACA